CCGAAUGAGGAGGGCGGCGGAAGCGCCGCGCAGCGCCCCCACCCCCGGCUGCACGGGAGCGGAGAGGCUGGUGCGCCGGCCCCUCCAGGACCCGGGCUCCUGCGAGUCUGCCCCGCGCCUCCCCCCGCAGACGGGGGCCAGGCGGGUGGCACCGGCGGGAUGCUGCUCCAGCUGAGCGCCGAGUUUGAUCUGCAGAGCGAUGUGGUCCCGUGGCUCUUGGCGCAAGGUCCGGCAGCGGCUCUAGACACUUUUGAGAAGAGUGCAGCAACACCGUAUGUAGUAAAUGUUGAAAGAAAUGGAAAAAUUAUUUAUACCUGGAAGGGAAGUGGCAGUACCUGCAUUGGAUUAUAUGAUCCUCUUAAUAAACAAAAUGAGCAUCUGUAUACCUUUGAAAAAGAUCUACACAUAAUCAGUUGUUCGAUCAACAAUGAAAAGACAUUACUAGCAGUCAGUUUUCUUCAGUCAACAAAGGAAGAAAGAGUAAAUCAACUACUGCAGCCAGUAUCUAAGUGUUUGACCUUGCUCAUUGAAAUUCACCCAGUUAAUAAUGUAAGAGUCCUAAAGGCUGUGGAUACCUGUAUCAGAGUACAGUUUCUCUAUCCAGCUGCAAACAGAAAUCCUUUUCCAGAAAGCCAUCUCUUACUAAUUUCAGAAGAUAAAUAUAUUGAACAAUUUCACAUUCAUGUUGUCACAGAAGAUCACCACAAAGUGGUGAUUCAAAACUCAGGCCAGCUCCCAAGAGACAGAGUUGCAGAAGAUCUCAUUUGGGCACAAUGGGAUAUGACAGAACAAAGACUCUUCUACAUUGUUUCAAAGGAAUCAAGGAAUAUCUUAAAAUGUAUCCAGUUUUACCCUGAUGAAAACUUUAAUUUAAUACUUGAAGCAUCCCUGGACAUCUCUUUAAGAGACAUAGGAUUAAAAUUUGUGAAUUUUGGAUAUGAUUACUCUCAAGACCAAGAGAUGGAACCUAGAUCUCCGAAUCUGCAAGUUUUUACCAGUAAAACAGGAAGUUUUUGUCUGUGUUGUAGUCAGGCUCCUGAUAUUCUGAAGGAGGUCACGUACUCAGUUUCUUUUUUACAUAAAGGUUACAGCAAAACCUUUACUGUUGCUCUACAAAGAACAGAUUACCCACAAGUGAAGGAAGUAGCUUUUUUGAAUCUUGACUAUUACGUGGCUGUUUAUUUGCCUGGCCACUUUCUACACCUCCUCAAUACUCAACAUCCUGACCUGAUGUGCUAUAAUUUGUUUCUGACAGGUGAGGAUGCGAGAAUCAGCAUGCUGCACAAAAGUUCCAUCCAGUCCCCGUUCAAGUCAGCCAUCUGGGACUGCUGCUCAGGAAGAAUGUUUACUGUAAGAAUAAAUGAGUGCUCCUUGAUGCAGUUCCUCUGGAACAGCAAACUGGACAGUGAUAGACUGGCAGCGCUGCACUGUGCUCUUCUACAUGUCAGAAAUACAACAGAUUUGGAAAUACAGAUUAUUCAGUGGAUUUCUGAGAACCUGUCAGCAUGUUCUACAUUUGACCCCUUACAGGAAUUUCUCAUUGCUUCCUUAUACUGGGCAAUGUGUCCAGAGACUAGCAAGCUGGAUAAACUUUUGCCAUAUACGUCACUGCUGUACUGGAAUGGGAUUAUCCCUGGAGUAACAUGCAUAACAGACAUUAUUUCUUUACCUGAAUUAAAGGUUCAAAAUUGUAAAGGCUUCUGGGAAAAGCUAAACUUAAACCUGGAGUGUGCGAAGUAUGCCGAGCCACACUUGCAUUACAACAACAAUGUGCUCAGGAGAGAAUGGUAUAAGCUACUUUCGGAAGAGAAAGCAGAGGAAAGAAGAACCACAACAUAUCUGAGGAAUAUUUUUGAGAAUGCAAAAAAGGUGCUUUCCAAUCUUGCUGCAUGGAACUUGGAGGAAAGGCUAGUUCCUCUUUUUCAAGAGGAAGACUACCAGCAGCGAUUAUUAAUCGGACUAAUGGUUGCUCAGUUGAAAGAUCAUCUUAUGAGGCAUCUACAAUAUGUUGGGAAAAUGAAGAUUGACCAGAUAGUUCUGGAAUAUGUUUCAAAACUGCUGGAUCUGAUCUGUCGGAUAAUGGAAGCUGUUUGGAGGAAAUACAGUCUUCAGUCCGGCGUUCUCUGCUUGGACGAGCGAGGAAGUGCUGCAGAGUGUGCAGCUUUCCACAUCAUGAGUCGGAUUCUAGAAGCUGCCAAUGGAAUGUGUAUGCCCCUGCCUCCUGGUUUUCAUACUUUGCACAUGGGGCUUGGAGUUAGAUGUCUGCCUUUACAUACCCUGCUGCAUUACAUCGAUAAUGGGGUGUUACAGCUGACUGAAACAUGCGCUAUAAAACUUUUGAAAGAUCUGGACAACACUGAGAAGAAUGAAAAGCUAAAAUUUAGUAUCUUUACAAGGCUUCCUGAGGCAAUUGGUCACAAGGUCAGUCAGCUGUGGAAUCAUCCUGUCAACUCUAAUUUUAUUGCAAGGAACUCCGUUAAAGUUUUGCUUGAUAAACUUAGGAACAGACAGCAUAACAGACCAGUGGUGGACAGACUGUCCGUCCAUGUAGAGUUUCUGCCACUUAACUACUUAGUUGAUAUGCUGGCAGAGGUAGAGGAUCAAGGUCUGAAUCCAUUUGAGGAAGAAGACAAUGUGAAUGCAAAAUUUGUAGAGGAAACAGCACUGAAACACACCAUGAUGCUUUUAGGCCUGUAGUACUGCUAAAAUAUAUUGGGUUACUUCAAAAAGCAUGUCAGUC